AUGCGAGAAUUGCUGAAAUCAAGCCCAACGAGAGAGAAGGCUAACAGUGCAGAUGCUGCUCGAAAGGCUUCUGAGGGCAAAUUGCAAAAAAUCCGGUUCGACUUAGAUGAAGCAAAUAACACUAAAGAAAAGUUGACUAAAAAGGCGAAUGACUUGACAGUCCAAGUUGAUCAACUCACUGAUGAAAAGAAGAAGAAUGAUAAUGAUUUGGAGGAAAUAGACAAGGUGAUCAACGACUUGAAUGCUGAAGUUGACAUGGCGCAGAAGCAACUUGACUAUACAAAUGAUGACAAAGAUGGCAAUGAAGCGAUGAAACAGAAAUAUCAAGACUAA